GUACUCUUUAAAUGCCAGAGAUAAUUUUUAGGCAACCUAGAGGUUUUGUGGUGACGUCACAAAUCAUUUGAGAAACUUAGGUUGGCGAACUUGGCAAUGGAUGAGUGCCAGCGCCAACACUGUCAAGUGCCAACUGCCAAUUGCAAUGGCAGCUAAGUGACAGUGUAUUUUCUUGUGAAAAGAAAAAUAACUGUAUGUGAAAAACAUUUAUUUAAUAAUCCCUCAACUUAUAUUUUAAUAUAAAGUACAGUUGUAUUUUUUCACUCAUAAAACGUUUAAUAGAAAAGUACAAUAAAUAUGUCAUCUGGCCGGCCAAUAAAAUGUGUUGUCGUCGGAGAUGGAACUGUUGGAAAAACCUGUAUGCUCAUUUCUUACACUACAGACAGUUUUCCUGGUGAAUAUGUACCAACUGUAUUUGAUAAUUAUUCCGCCCCAAUGGUAGUAGAUGGAAUUUCGGUGAGCUUGGGACUCUGGGAUACAGCUGGACAAGAGGAUUAUGAUCGACUUAGGCCUUUAUCGUAUCCCCAGACAGAUGUUUUUCUCAUUUGUUUUAGUGUAGCAUCACCAUCCUCUUUUGAAAAUGUAACUUCCAAAUGGUAUCCAGAAAUAAAACAUCAUUGUCCAGAUGCACCUAUGAUAUUAGUUGGUACGAAAAUAGACUUAAGAGACGACAGGGAAACCCUUAAUGCUUUAGCAGACCAAGGCCUGAGUCCCAUAAAAAGGGAACAAGGACAAAAACUCUCCAAUAAAAUUCGAGCUGUCAAAUACAUGGAAUGCUCAGCUUUAACCCAAAGAGGACUGAAACAGGUGUUCGACGAGGCAGUUAGGGCUGUUCUGCGGCCCGAGCCUCAAAAAAGACGCCAACGCAAAUGUUUGGUUAUGUAACCUUGGAAUUACAUCACCAAACUUUUUUGACGAAAUGUAUAAGUUUUGAAACAUUUUUUUUUAUUGAUGUUGCGGUAGAUCUGUUUUAGAUUAAGUGAUUUCAAAAAACUUCUAAUAUUAGUAUUUUAAAGAAUAACAUAAGGAAUAAAAUAUUUAUUUAUAAAAAUCAUAAAAUUAAAAGUUAGAAGAUUAUUAUGAUUAACUUCUAAAUAAUAUAUUAUUUUUUAUGAAAUUAUGAAAAAAUUUUAUAGAAGUUAUUUGAAAUUACACUUUUGAAAAGGGUAGGGUUCAAUGUUUUUACAAAAGAGACAUGAGUCAGAAACACAGCUUUUUUAAAAGGCUUCUAUCACUGAUCUGUAUUAUUUUACUGGAUAGGAUAUAGCCCCCUAAAAAACGUUCCGAAAAAUUGGCCGAUUUGGGCAAAUAAUAUGGCGGACCGGAUGUUAUUUAACGUAACCUCUAUUUCCAUUUGUCAUCACAUUUGUCAUUUAAUUGUGUCAACAAGCUACGAUGAGAUGUUUUUAUUGUGGAAAACAAAGUAAAAAGAGUAUGAAAUAAACAAUAAACGUUCAUUCCUGAAGACACAAUAUGCUUCACGUUUCCAUUUUUAUAUUUUCUUUCAUAAAAAAUCAAAUCAUGGGUGAAAUUUCCCGA